UGACAUAGCAAUGUUGAAAGUUUCAAAAUGGCUGCUCAAGGCAACAUUGAAUCUCUGAUACAACAAAAGGUUUUAGAAGCUGCAAGUAUUGUAGAAGAACAAGUAGAUUCAGAAUUAAACCGGCUUGAAAACUUAAAAGAAGACGACAUUGAUAUGGUGCGAGAAAGACGUCUACAACAACUAAAAAAGCAGCAAGAAUUAAAACAAGAAUUGCGACAGAAAGGCCAUGGGGAAUACACGGCAGUAGCUGAGGAAAAAGAUUUCUUCUCAGCUUGUAAAGAAAGUGAUAAAGUCAUCUGUCAUUUCUAUCGUGAUAGUACAUGGAGAUGUAAGAUUGUGGAUAAACAUCUCGCAACUCUGGCCCCAAAACAUAUAGAAGCGAAGUUUAUAAAAAUUGAUGCUGAAAAGAGUCCAUUCCUUGUGAAGCGGCUUCGAGUUGUGGUUUUACCGACCAUUGCCCUCAUUAAAGAUUCCAAAACUGUUGAUUUUAUUGUUGGUUUUGAUGAUCUCGGAGGCAGUGAUGAUUUUCCAUGUGAAAUGUUAGAAUGGAGAAUUGCAUGUGCAGGUGUGAUUGACUACAGCGGAGAUAUUAGUCAACCUCCGAACUUUAAAAAUCCAAACUCAACCAAAAAGUUAUUCCAUCAACAAAAGAAAAUCAUCCGUGGUGGCGAUGACUCUGAUGAAGAUUCAAACUAGUUCAAUACAUAGAAACUAGAUAUCUUAGUUUUACUAUUUUACUCAUAAUGUUCCAAGAUGUUAUUAUAUUUGAAGAGUGAUUAAACUAAUAUGCUAAUAUUAUGAAUAUAACUGUGUUUAAAAUAUAUUAAUAUACUGAUGUAUACAGUAAGUGCUUUUGACUUUAAUUACUAUAUUGAUUUAGCCCUGAAAUAAAUGAAAUUAGGUUAACAAGGCUCGAUAUAAUUUUUUCAAGUUGAUUGGCCAAAAAUACCCAACAAUUUAGUCCAUGUGAAAACUAGCUUAUUCCAUAUAAUAAUAGGAUGAAUGAGUAAAUAUUUUGGGC